AUGGGUGCAAAUCAAUAUCUCUUUCUCUCCACAUUAGUUUUCAAGAUGCCCUGGCCAACAGACCCCCGUUUCGCCAGCUAUUUCCUUCCCGGCUACCCUGCCGCUCUAGCCGCUGUAAUGGCCGCAAUGCGUUCAUCGGCCUCUCCAGUGGGAGGUUUCACUGGUAGCGGAGCAGCUGAUUAUAGUCCCAGUGGAGGCGGUGGGGGCGGUUUUCUCAGCGGUUUGGCGUCCUCCUCUGCGUCGCCAACUGCUGUUGCAGCUGCUCAACUCGGUGCUGCUCCUCUAUCGAAUUCCACUUUCUAUUCCCCUCCCUGGGAGUCGCAAGGCCGGCAUUUGGGAAGUAUGACUGGAAGUGGUGGCUCCUUUGGGUCACCGUCAGUAAGUGCCGAUGGAUAUUUGACUGCGGAUGUGCAGAGGUCGGAGGAUUCUGGACAGGCGAAUGCCUUUGUGAGUUGA